AUGGAAAUCCAGCCAGAUAUCGUUCUCCAGCGUCCCCUCUCACGCUGUGAGCGGGGUCCAGGCCUGAUCCUCGUCCGACCUUCGUGCUACGCAGAUUGCCAACGACAAAAUCACAGUCUUGACCCAGAACCGCUCCUGAAAUGGGCAGAAGAAAGCUUUGCAAUAGUUCAAACCACGUUCGAUGCAGAGACUAGCGAUGCUGCUAAAGUGCAAGACAUGAUCAAGGCGGCCAAGGAUAGACUCCAUAAUCUGAGAGGAAUGUGCAUUUACGGUUCCAGGACUGACUAUGCCCCUGGUUUCGCUGCAAUUUUAGCAGACACGAUCAAGAAUGACUCAAGUCUGGCGGCAGCAGUCAGCUUUGACUACUGGGAAACCGGUGGAGAAAAGCCAGUCCUCUUCCAUGCGCACAACGAACUAGAGGUUCCUUCCCAGGGAUCGAUGCAGACACAUCGUUAUGCCGACGUUGCUUCCUCGGGCUUUAUAGUUCCGGGACAUCAUGCAUUCAAAAUAUCGACCGCGGGUGUGUCGCAUACUCGCAGUCUGGCCUUCUUGAAGAAGCAUCUUGGUGGGCCAUAUUUUGACCUCGAGGCUAUAUGGGAUGAACACACCUACUAUGAGUUUGGCGAUCGGUCGGUCGAGAAGACCAUGGCCACGAUGGUCCAGGAACCAUACGUCAACCACGUUCCCACACUGACGGGAGGCAUUGGACGAACGCAUCUGAGUCACUUCUAUCUCAAUCAUUUCAUCCACAGCAACCCCGAUGAUACAGCACUCGAGCUGAUUAGCCGUACGGUGGGCACCGAUCGGAUCGUGGACGAAUUCAUCUUUUCUCUGACGCAUACUCGGCAAAUGGAUUGGCUACUGCCAGGAAUUCCUGCGACUGGUAAACCCCUUCGCAUCCCUUUUACUUCUGUGGUCAAUAUCCGGGGUGACCGACUAUACCACGAGCAUAUCGCCUGGGACCAGGCCACCGCGUUGGUGCAAUUAGGGCUGAUGCCCGAAUAUUUACCAUUUCCGUACCCUUUGCCUAAUGGUAAGACGCCAGCUCUUGGCAAAAGAUUUGAAUACCGCGUGCCGGCAGCUGGGGCCGAGUCUGCCGAAAAACUGGAGAAUGAGCACUCAGUUCUGUCGAAUCAAAUGUUCGAAUACAAGAUUCGUGAGGUCGAUGACAAGUAA